CGCCAUGGGAACACGUGCUUCCGCUCUCUGCGCGCGUGUCGCCGGCGGGUGACGUCAGAGCGGCGACGUGUCAGUCAUGGCUGCCGAUAUCACACUGUUGUUCAAAGCGAGCGUGAAAACGGUGAAAACGCGGAAUAAAGCGCUGGGACUGCUCGAGUCCUCCAGCAGAGAGGAGCCCGGCGCAGCGAAGAGAGCCAGAGCCAGAGACAGCUUCAGCGGCAGAGCCAGAGAAGUGAUCUCAAACAUCUCAAAGCUGAAGGACUUUCUGCUGCAGCACAGGAAGGACUAUGUGAACGCCGGCAGUGUGAUGUGUUCGGAUGUGUCCCGUAUGACAGACAGUGAGAGAGAUCAAAUCGACCAGGAUGCGCAGAUCUUCAUGAGGACCUGCGCAGACGCCAUCGGCCAGCUGCGAUCUGACAGUAUGUGUAUGCAUCUGAGCACAGGUGACAUCAGCGAUCCAAAAUGA